AUGCGAGCCGUUCGCUACCACGGAAGAGAGGAUAUCCGAGUGGAUGACAUACCAGAGCCAGUAUGUGGAAGUGGUCAGGUCAAGAUCAAACCAGCAUUUGUCGGAAUCUGUGGCAGUGAUCUCCAUGAGUAUAUGGGUGGUCCACAUGCAGUGCCUCAAAGCCCGCACCCUAUCACCGGCGAGAAGCUCCCUACAACGCUUGGCCACGAGUUCAGUGGGGUAAUCGAAGAGGUCGGAGUAGAUGUGACUGACCUCAAAGUUGGAGAUAAGGUUGCUGUUAAGCCUAACUUGUCGGAUGGGAGUGCCGGUGGUCUGUCCGAUCAUAUCGUCGUGGACCGGAAACAUGCGAUCCUGCUACCCGAAUCAAUGCCAUUAGAUAUCGGAGCACUGAUAGAACCACUAUCCGUCGCCUGGCACGCCGUCAACCGCAGCCCCCUCCAAAAAGGCGACACAGCACUCGUCGUCGGAGCCGGCCCCAUCGGCCUAGCAAUCGUCCAAGUCCUACGAGCGCGAGACAUCGAAACCAUCAUCGUGGUGGAAGUAUCCAAACGACGACGCGAGUUUGCCGCUACUUUCGGUGCAUCCCAUGUUCUGAACCCAAUAGAUGUAGACGCCGUAUCAGAGAUCCGUUCUAUCACGGGCGAUGUCAAAGGCGUCGCCAUUGCUUUUGAAUGCUCUGGUGUUCAGGCGGGGCUUGAUACCGCCAUGGCAGGUACAAGGGUGCGUGGAACCACGGUUAUAUUGUCGCUUUGGGAGAAGAAGCCAGUGCUGGAUGCUUUUGCUGUUGUUUUGGGGGAGAAGCAUAUUGCUGGGGCGGUGGUGUAUGAGGAAGGGGAUUUUGAGGGUGUGAUUUGGGCUAUUGAGUCUGGCAAGCUUCAGCCGCGAUCUAUGAUCACGAGUACGAUUCUUAUGGAGGAGAUUGUUGAGAAAGGAUUCAAGGCGCUUAUUCAUGAAAAGGAUAAUCAUAUCAAAAUACUGGUUGAUAUUUCGGCGUGA